GUUAGAGGCUAUGGUUAGGGUUUAACCCUUAGACAAGGAAAGAGAGUCCUCUCUUUCCUUGUCUAAGGUUUAACCAUAAAACCUGUUGCUACUUGCAGCCGCUUGUACUUGUAUUUAUCUAUGGUCAAGAUAAUAUUGAUAAUAGUUUGUAGUGUGUAAUCCAGAUUUCCUGAGUGUUUCCUGCGGCAUUUGGGAGUGGUUUCCGGCUCAAUCUCCACUGACAACCACCCUUGUGCCAUGACUUUCUACGACGAGCUUCAAAAUGUCCCGAUCAAAGAGCUGGCUCGGUUGCACAACGAACAGCUAAUAUCCGAUGAGAGUUCCGACGAGUGCAGUGAGCCAGAAAACCUGCCGGUGUUUUCCCUAGAGCAGAUCCACGCUCUUGUAGUCGAUCAUCUGCCCAGGAAAACGCAGCUUGGGGCUCCAGAUGUAUGUCGACGCGGGGCCCAGAAGUUAUCAGAGCUACUACAAGUCACCUUUUGUCACGUUUGCGGCAAAUUCUCUAGGAGGCACUAUAGGAGUGCAGAACAUCGCACAAAUAUUAGCCACUGGUUACGGGCUGAGCUGAUGACUAGUGAUCCAAAAGUGACUGCCAAAGUGUAUUGCGCUCCGUGCAACCUGGCCCUGAAUCUGGACACCCCCGAUGACCACUACAGCUGGGAAACCCAUAAAAGAUGUGUCGAGCUCUACUGUGGAUGCUGCCAAAUUAACGUGUCCACCCGCCAACUGAUGAGUAUACACAUUAAAUCAAACAGGCACGUAAAACGGAAGCUGAAGAAUCCACAUUCUGAAUAUGUGCCAGUCUUUGAAGAGGCGAUCACCACGGCGGGUUCGAAAAAUGCAAACCAAUCUGCGGAACUGGCGCUGAGACUCAGCAAGCUGAUGGGCCCCAUUAUGUGUCUCAUCUGCCAAGACGGCAGCAGGAACCAUCGAUACUCUAAAAAGCACAUUCCCAAUGUCCUGGCGUGGAUCCAGUCAAAUGAUACCAAUCACGAUUUUUAUCCCGACAACGUUGCUCUGCUGUUCUGUGCGGAGUGUAAUGUGGUGCACUUGAACAACGAGAUUGCAUUAGACCACUAUAGAAGUGCGAUGCAUGACCAGAACGCGGAAAAAUACUGCAUUCAGUGCCAACGCAGCUUCAACGAUGUGCAGCUGUUCAAAGAACAUCUUCAGACUAGAGGGCAUCAAAGGCAAAACGGUGCCAUUAAUGGUACCGACGCCGAGCCUGACCGGGAGAGCCAAAGUGAAAAUGAAAACGACAAAUCUGCCGAAUGCAGCAGGAUACAAACUGAGGAAGCAACCGGCGACAUUGAGCACAAUUUGCAAAAAAAAGUCUUAGGGGAGCUUGAAGGAAUCGCGGACAAAUUGCUGGCUUACAAAACAGUUUCAAGCCUCGCCUUGUUGAGAAAACUGAACGCGGAACUCGCCGCCCUUUCCAAAUGCAAAAGCCCGACUGUCCCUUCUGAAAUUGGUCACACACCAGACAAUCGGCUGUGUUGCUCACUAGUUUAGGAUCAGGAAAUCCUCUCCUGGGCUUGCAGAUCUUGCAGAAAUAGGCAUAUCGAAAGAAAGUUAACUUCGAACGCCAGGGCUGAAUAAACUAGGAAGUCACCCAAAAUAACAUGACAAGUUCCUAUAAAAAAGUCCCUGCCAACAUAUAGAUUUUACUAAAUAACUCGACAAGAUUUUUUAGUGAUAAGUGCGCUUAAAUCAGCGUCGUUGAAAUACAUUUUCUUGAUUGAAA